UGGGACAGUAGCACACACAAGCAAGUCCACGCAACGACCCAUCUGGUUUUAGGAAUGGCGGCGACGGAGUCAAGUUUAAGUCCGAGUCCAAUAUCGGUAGCAGAUGCUGUUGUACCUGCCUGUAUGUUUGCUCCAGACCGGGGCGCCGAUGAUGACCUCUCCGGAGGGGACAGCUGUGAUGACGGCGAGACUCUCAAUGGCAAGUCCGAGGAUCAUUUGGAUCUCACUAGCAAGAUGGUGCUGGUGAGCCCAACAGGAGAGCAGUAUGAUGCGUUAUUACGGCAGAUGAGGGAACGGAUGGAUGAGGGCUGCGGGGAGACCAUCUACGUGGUUGGCAUGGGCUCUGAUGGCGGUGACUAUGGUCUGAAUGAGCAGGACAUGGAGGCGUCGGUGGCCACGGUGCAGUCACUCUGCGAGCAGAUCGAGGCCGACCUCAUCCUGCUGCGGGAGCGGGCGGAGACGCAGGGACACAUGCGCGACUACCUGAUACGGCGCCGUGUAGGAGACCAAGACUUCCUGGAAGUCAGGGUGGCAGUGGUGGGCAACGUGGACGCGGGCAAGAGCACGUUACUGGGAGUGCUCACGCACGGUGAGCUGGACAACGGCCGUGGCUUUGCCCGCCAGAAGCUCUUCCGCCACAAGCACGAGAUGGAGAGCGGGCGCACCAGCAGCGUGGGCAACGACAUCCUGGGCUUCGACCAGCAUGGCCAGGUGGUGAACAAGCCGGACAGCCACGGUGGAAGUCUGGACUGGACCAAGAUCUGUGAGCGCUCUUCCAAGGUCAUCACCUUCAUCGACCUGGCGGGCCACGAGAAGUACCUGAAGACCACUGUGUUCGGCAUGACCGGACACCUGCCCGACUUCUGCAUGCUCAUGGUUGGCAGUAAUGCUGGCAUUGUGGGCAUGACAAAAGAGCACCUGGGCCUCGCGUUGGCACUAAAUGUUCCCGUGUUUGUUGUGGUCACAAAAAUCGACAUGUGCCCGGCCAAUAUUUUACAAGAGACCCUGAAGUUGCUGCAGCGGUUACUCAAGUCGCCGGGCUGCAGGAAAAUCCCAGUGCUGGUACAAAACAAGGAUGACGUCAUAGUCACCGCCUCCAACUUCAGCUCAGAGAGGAUGUGUCCGAUAUUCCAGAUCUCCAACGUGACGGGGGAGAACAUGGAACUCCUGAAGAUGUUCCUCAACCUGCUCUCCUCCAGAACAUCCUUCCGUGACGACGAGCCUGCAGAGUUCCAGAUCGACGACACCUACUCAGUACCGGGCGUUGGCACAGUGGUGUCCGGCACCACGUUACGGGGCCUCAUCCGCCUGAACGACACCCUCCUCCUGGGGCCCGACCCCCUGGGGGCCUUCAUCCCCAUCGCCGUCAAGUCCAUCCACCGCAAGCGCAUGCCCGUCAAGGAGGUCCGUGGCGGCCAGACGGCAUCCUUCGCCCUGAAGAAGAUCAAGCGCUCCACCAUCCGCAAGGGCAUGGUGAUGGUGUCGCCGCGCCUCAGCCCGCAGGCCUGCUGGGAGUUUGAGGCCGAGAUCCUGGUGCUGCAUCACCCCACCACCAUCUCGCCGCGCUACCAGGCCAUGGUUCACUGUGGCAGCAUCAGGCAAACGGCCACCAUCCUGACCAUGAACCGCGACUGCCUACGCACGGGCGACAAGGCCCUGGUCCACUUCCGCUUCAUCAAGACGCCAGAGUACCUGCACACGGAGCAGAGGCUGGUAUUCCGGGAGGGACGCACCAAGGCCGUUGGCACCAUCACUAAGUUGCUGCCUAACAACCUGCCCUCACACUCCAAGCAGCAGCAGCUGAAAAUGCAGUCGAGCAAAAAGCUGUCGCCGCGCGGAGACGGCACCACGGCGGCCAGCGAGGACGCGGGCUCGUUAGACCAAAACUCGGCACAGCAGCAGCCAAAGCAGGGUGGAGGAGGACGGCGGCGAGGGGGCCAGAGGCACCGAGGGAAGGGCCUGAACAACCUGUUGGUGGCCCCCACCGGUGGAGCCGGAAGCAGCUAAAGCAUCAACAAACACCACCCAAGGCAUUACCCCAAAUACCACCCCACCCCAUC